GUUAAACCGGUAUUAACUCAUCAGAAGAGCACAAAGGCAGUUAAACAGCUGCAGAGACAAGACCUUUACUGUUGAAUGAAUUAACUGGAGCAAGAGUGAAUCAUCUGUCAUGUCUGAAGAAACCAAAAUUGUGGUGGUUGGUGCAGGAUUUUCAGGUUUGGCUGCAGCAGCCACUUUGAUCAAGGCUGGAUUUCAGAAUGUCAAGAUCCUUGAAGCUAAAGAGCGGGUUGGAGGAAGAGUUUGCACUACUAAACCAUUUACAGAAAACAUUAUUGAACUUGGUGCAAACUGGAUCCAUGGACAGAAGGGAAAUGACCUUUACAAACUAGCAAAAGAACAUGAUCUACUAGCUGAAAAAGCUUUGAAAGACAGUUCUGAGAGUUCUCAAGACUACUUUUUUAAAGAGGGUGGAAAACACUUGCCAGAUGAACUUGCUGAUGGGGUCACCUCUCUGUUUGAAAAGCUCACCUCCAAGGCAUUCGACAGAGAGUUGCCGGAAAGUUACCAAGACCUUACUUUGGGAGAUUACCUUGAUGUGUCCUUUGCUGAAUCAUCUUUAGCUGAUGAAGAAGAUGGAUCAAGAAUUUUUGAAUGGUGUAAAAGAAAUGAAUGCACAGAUGAGGCUGUAUCUUCUCUGUAUGAAGUGUCUGCAUCUCAGGAAAGUGAAUAUAUCGCACGGGGUGGGGAGUUUUUUAAUAGCCUAGGUCCGAGGGGUUAUCAAGCAAUUUUAGAUCUUCUUCUGAAUGAUCUACCUUCAGGAACUAUUCUGAACAACACAGCAGUGAAAAGCAUCCAGUGGGACAAGGACGAAGAAGAGGACCAUGCUGUCCAAGUGAUCUGUGAAAAUGAUCAAAUCUUUGAAGCUGAUCAUGUGAUUGUGACUGUAUCUCUGGGGGUUUUAAAAGAACACGCCAGAACCAUGUUUGAACCUGCCUUACCAAAAUCAAAGCUUGAUGCUAUUGACAAGCUUGGCUUUGGCACCGUGGACAAAAUCUUCCUGUGUUUCAGUGAAAGAUUUUGGCCAGAAGACUGUGCAGGAAUCCAACUUACAUGGGAUGAGGGACCUGAAGAUAAGGCAGUUUAUAGCAGUGAAGACGAAGAGGAUGCCUGGAAGGAGACAUGGUUUAAAAAGAUUUCUGGCUUUGACGCUGUUGCCCGUCACCCUAAAGUACUCUGCGGCUGGAUCACAGGCAGAGAGGCUCUUCAUAUGGAGACACUGGAGGACAGUGAGGUUGGAGACACCUGUGUAAGAUUGCUCAGGUCCUUCACUGGCUGGUCUGUGCCUGAUGUGUCCCAAGUUCUGAUCACAAAUUGGGGUCAUGACCCACAUGUACAAGGCUCCUAUACAUUUGUUCCUCACCACGUGAAUGGGGUGAAAGAGUCUGAGGCACUGGCAGCACCUCUUCCUUCUUGCAGUCAAGAAAGCAAGCCUCUGCAGGUGCUGUUUGCAGGUGAAGCCACUCAUGUGAACUUCUACACCACCACCCAUGGAGCCUAUCUGUCCGGGCUCAGAGAAGCAGAAAGACUCAUUAACCAUUACUCUGAUUAAACACUCUGUUCAUUGGACCAACGCUGAUGUAGUGUUUUCCUACCUGGUGAAAAGAUAUGAGUAAAUAUUAAGUUAACUGAGUUAUAUUUCAACCACUUUCUAUGGGUCUAUGGUUUUCUAUCUGUUUAGACAAAUCUGUUACUUUAGAGUUAUCUCCUCUAUGGAUGAACCUGUAAACCCUAUUUCAUACUACAUGUAAUUUAUAGCUAUUUGAUUGACUUUAUUGAUGGUGUGAAUGAACAUAAAGUUGCAAUGAGCAUGCUUGAAAGAAAAAAAAAACAAUAAACUGCAAU